CUGACAAGAUGGGCUCCAAGACGUCAACCCUUCUUCAAAAGGAGGAAAUAGAUGACAUUCAGAAAGAAACAGGGUUUUCAAAAAGACAAAUUGUUCGACUUUACAGUCGAUUUGAAAGCCUGGACAAAAGUGACAAUGGUGCCCUAAGUCGAGAAGAUCUUCUAAGAAUUCCUGAGCUGGCCAUCAACCCACUCGGUGACCGCAUCAUUCACGCCUUCUUCAUGGACAGCCCUGACAGUAAAAUCAACUUCAGACAAUUCAUGAGGACACUGUCACUGUUCCGACCAAUCAAGACCCAUGAUUGUGAGACUGCCUGCAACAGCAGAGAUAACAAAUUGAAAUUUGCCUUCCGUAUGUAUGACUUGGACAACAGUGGUGCUGUGACGAGAGAUGAACUGUUGGUUAUUCUUCAAAUGAUGGUGGGAUCUAAUAUAACUGAAGAGCAACUCGGAUCUAUUGCAGAUAGAACCAUCGCUGAGGCAGACGAAGAUGCCACUGGUGCUAUUACAUAUGAAAACUUUGCAAAGGCUCUUGGGAGAUCAGAUGUGGAGCAAAUGAUGAGCAUUCGGUUCCUGAAUUGACAACUUGGCCUUCCUCGCUCUCCUUUCCUGGUAUCCCAAAUGUUUUUGUAGCAUCUUUUGAAUUGCAAUCUAAGUAUACAACAACAGAGUAUGAAUUAUUUACAAAGAAAAUAAAACACUUGAAAUAAACCUAACUAAUAUAGUAUUAAUACACCAUUGAUCUAGUUUACUAUUCUGGAGGAACUGGAAAUUAUAAUGUCCCUGUUCAUCAGGCAUAAACAUAGCUACCAACUUUCGCUGAUUCUGCAGAAAGUUCCCUGAAAAUAAACUCAUCUUUCCAUGUUUUGAUGAACAAAUUUGAAAAGCUCUCUGAUUCUUGAAAAUUUGUCUCUAUUAUGUUGAAUGUCAGUCUAAAUAUUUCUUUGAGAGUUGUACGUAAUCUCUCUGAUUGCAAGAUGCUAAUGGUGGCAGCUCUGAGUUACUUUUGACAAUUCCUCAAGAUUUCCUUUGACACUGUUGUUCGGAGAGCAGUGUUCAUUUCAAAUCUUGAUGUUAUAUCUGUAGCUUUUGCACAUAUUUUAAAGGGAAAUUCUCUUUUCGUUUUUGUGAGAGUAUAUCAAUUUUUAUCCUGUAGUUUUCAAUUAACACACAAUACCAACCAGUGAAAAUGUCAUACAAUUCAUUGGGAAAUUUUCAGAGGAGACACAAAAUGUGACUUGCAGGUCACAAUUAGAUUUUCUCAACUUCUGCAUUAUAAUUUGUUUUUCUCAUUCUGUAGUUUGUCUGAAAGCAUCUCAUCAUUUAUAUUGAAGAACUUUGAACUCUGGGUGGCAGCAGACUCACCUGGUAUAAGUCCUUUCUUCCUUCAUUCCUUUCUUUCAUUCAUUCCUUCAUUCAUUUCUGGGCACAAUAGCUUUAUAUGGAAAGUCUGUUGCUACCUCUUGUCCCCUAAAGUCUCCCUUGGUAUAAUAUCGUGCCGAAGACAUUACCUGGGCUCGAUAUCAUUAAGCUGUUUAUGCAUAAAUUGUUUUGCUAAGCAAAGAUUGUGUGAAGCACUAGUUGAAACAAUGUGAAACUUUGUGGAAUGUUGGCUGGUAACUUGUAUAUUAUUUUGUGAUUUCCUUUAUAACAAUAUUAAUAGUAAUAUUGAGCAGUCUGGUUGUCUUAUUUGUAUGUAAUAAUUUGCUUCACUAUGUAAAUUUAUCUGUAAAGAGCAUAUCUAUUUUUUAACUUGAAAUUUAAAAUAUUUAUAUCCAGAUGAUUAACAAUAUGCAUCACAGAA